UUCACGCACUCCAAAGUCCAAAGUUCAAGUUCAACCGGAUAGAGGAGGAGGGGAAAACCACGAGAGGCACCUAGUCCCACCAAAUUCUCCAAAUCAACCACCACGACGACCCAACCAUGCCCAUCUUUAAAACUCCAUUCAACGGAUAUUCCGUGAAAUUCAGUCCAUUUUUCGAGCACCGCCUAGCCGUCGCAACUGCCCAGAACUUCGGCAUCCUCGGAAACGGCCGUAUUCACGUCCUAGACCUUGCUCCCUCCCCUACCUCUCAUGCCGUCACAGAGCUAGUCGCAUUCGAUACCGCUGACGGUGUCUACGACCUCGCCUGGUCCGAAUCACACGACUCUCUCCUCAUCGCCGCAGUAGCUGACGGCUCCGUCAAGCUCUUCGACACCGCUCUUCCACCGACCCAGAACCCUCUCCGAUCGUUUCAAGAGCACUCCCGCGAGGUCCAUUCUGUUGACUAUAAUCCCACUCGCCGAGACUCCUUUCUCACCGCAUCAUGGGACGACACAAUCAAGCUGUGGACAGUCGAUCGCCCCACCUCAGUUCGCACCUUCAAGGAGCAUGCCUAUUGUGUCUAUUCCGCAGCCUGGAACCCUCGCCACGCGGAUGUAUUUGCCUCUGCAUCCGGUGAUUGCACAGUACGAAUCUGGGAUGUGCGGGAACCUGGCUCCACAAUGAUCAUUCCGGCCCACGAAUUUGAAAUUCUCUCCUGUGAUUGGAACAAAUACGAUGAGUGUUGCUUGGCUACUGCCUCUGUGGAUAAGAGCAUUAGGGUUUGGGAUGUGAGGAACUACAGAGUCCCUCUAUCGGUGUUGAAUGGUCACGGUUAUGCGGUGAGGAAAGUGAAGUUCUCACCGUUUAGAAGGAGCAUGAUGGUGUCCUGCUCGUAUGAUAUGACCGUGUGCUUGUGGGAUUAUAUGGUGGAGGAUGCUUUGGUGGGGAGGUACGAUCACCAUACAGAGUUUGCGGUCGGUGUGGAUAUGAGUGUGCUUGUGGAGGGCUUGUUGGCGAGUACUGGCUGGGAUGAGAUGGUUUAUGUUUGGCAACAUGGGACGGACCCCAGAGCACCGUGAGAGGGUAGUCUCCUUGUUAUUUUAUCAUUUGUUAUGAUUUACGUCAAUUCUGAAUCGAAACUGCAUUUUUUUUCAAAUGUGCAUCCGAUGAAUAACAUACAACUUAGGGGCAUUACAAGUUGGUAUGUUCUUGUUGUUGUCACUGUUGUUGUAGUGCAAGUUGCUUUGCUUUUGUCCCUGGGAUAAGAACUUUGCGUGAUGACAUCUUCAAUAAUCCCCUGUAAAUGAAUUUUAGAUGUUUAUUCA